AUGCACAAAGAUCUCCUUUCCCCAGCACAACAGAGAAUCUAUAUUCUCAAGAAAACUGAAUUAGCCGUUAGAGGGUUCGUCCCAGCAGAAAACAUCAUCAAUGUUAAAUUUCUGCCAUCAGACAAGGACCUAAACAGAGUUGUGGUAACAUUCAGAGACUGGCACACAACCAAACUAGUUUCAGACAAUAAGGACAAGCUGCAAAGGGUUGGAUUGCAGGUGACUCACCUAUUCGAAGAGUCCGGAACUCCCACUCCUCUCAUCGAAACAAUCAGGACUGAUAAGCUAAAAACAAAGCCGACAAAGUCUACGAUGGACGAGAACUGUAAGAUGCUUCAACUAGAGGCAGAUAAAGCCCCAAACCAGCUGGCUAAAAGACCAAAACCACUAUCCCCAAAUCAUGUAUCAGGAAAUCACGAAAGCUCCAGCACAGAGAAGGAAAACCACUUCAUAGCAACUAUUGAACAAAUACAUAAAGCUCAGGACGCACUAAUUGAAAGAUUAGCAUCUAUAAGGAAAUCUAUUACCCUCCUAGCCACACCUGUCACCAGGGAAUUUAACUAUGCAACUUAUACCACAAAACCUUUAUCCAACAGUGAGUGGACACUACGGCUAUUCCUAUCGCCAGAGGAACUGGGACCUACGGAACCACCCAUAACAAAGAAAACAAUAACACAUCAAGCUGAAAUAGCGGUUCCACUAGGCAAGAACGGUUCAAUCUUUGUGGACAACCUAGGAACCUUAGAUACCAUUCACACGGAUGACUGA